GCGGCUGUCGCACCGCGGAGCGGCCCCUGCCGGCCACCGUCGUGCUCACGCCGCCAUGUUUGUGCAGGGCGCGGCCCUCCCUGCCCACACCGGGUGUGCGCGGAGGGCAGUGGAGGGGCGAGAGACGGGACCCCCCCUCACCAUCUCCCGGACAAGGCAGCGGGGAGAGGGUCUGCAGGACGCCCAUAGCGCUCCUUCCGCUCAGAGCGUGCCUCUGCCUUUCUCAAAGAUGGCCGGGCGGGCUUCGCCCCGCUCCAAGAUGGCGGCGGGGCGGCCCCGCCCCGGGGCGGCGGCGGCGGCGGUGUCCUUGCGGCGGGCCCGGGCCCGCGCUGCGGGGCCAUGCUCGCCUUGGCGGCCAGGGCUGCGCACAUUGUCAGGGGGAAGAGGAGACCCAGACAGGCCGAGGGAGAGCUUUACAGUCUCUUCUGUCCUACCAGCCAUGGAUAGGAAGCAGAAGCAAGCACAGAAGGCCAGGCCCUGUGGCCUGCUGAAGCAGGCAGCUCUGAGGAAGAUCACGGGCAGACUGCAGCUGCACCAGGAGGCGCUGCCCCAGCUGCCCGUGCCGCCGCUGCAGCAGACCCUGGACCGGUACCUGCUGGCCCUGCAGCCCAUCAUCAGCCCCGAGGAGCUGAGCCACACCGAGCGGCUGGUGGCCGAGUUCCGCAAGCCGGGGGGCGUCGGGGAGAGGCUGCAGAAGGGCCUGGAGAGAAGAGCCAGGAAAACAGAGAACUGGCUCUCAGACUGGUGGCUGAAGACAGCUUACCUGGAAUAUCGCUUGCCAGUUGUGGUCCACUCCAGCCCAGGUGUGGUUUUACCUAAGCAGGAUUUUCUGGAUCGACAAGGUCAGCUCAGGUUUGCUGCCAAGCUGAUCGAGGGUAUCCUGGAUUUCAAGACCAUGAUUGACAAUGAGACCCUUCCCGUGGAGUACAUGGGUGGGAAGCCCCUCUGCAUGAACCAGUACUACCAGAUCCUCUCAUCCUGCCGCAUUCCCGGGCCCAAGCGCGACUCCAUCGUCAACUACGCCAAAGGCAAAAAGCAGUCCAGACACAUCACAGUCGUUCACAACUUCCAGUUCUUUGAGCUGGAUGUUUACAACAGUGAUGGAUCUCCCCUUACUGCUGACCAGCUCUUCAUUCAGCUGGAGAAGAUUUGGAACACCUCCCUCCAAACAAACAAAGAACCUAUUGGGAUCCUCACCACCAACCACCGAAACAGCUGGGCAAAAGCCUACAACAACCUCCUGAAAGAUAAGACCAACAAGGAGUCCGUGCGUACCAUUGAGAAGAGCAUCUGCACGGUGUGCCUGGACGCCCCCAUGCCCCGCGUGUCCGAGGACAUCUACAAGAGCCGCGUGGCCGCGCAGAUGCUGCACGGCGGCGGCAGCCGCCUCAACAGCGGCAACCGAUGGUUCGACAAAACCCUGCAGUUCAUCGUUGCUGAAGAUGGCUCCUGUGGUCUGGUAUAUGAGCAUGCUCCCUCUGAAGGCCCACCCAUCGUUGCUCUUCUGGAUCACAUCGUGGAGUUCACGAAGAAACCCGAGACAGGCAAAUCGCCUACAGUUCAUCUGCCAAUGCCCAAAAAGCUGCGGUUUAACAUCACCCCGGAAAUCAAGAAUGACAUAGAGAAGGCAAAGCAAAACCUCAACAUAAUGGUUGACGAUCUGGAUAUCAAAGUCAUGGUCUUUCAUCAAUUUGGGAAAGGAUUUCCCAAGUCAGAGAAGAUCAGCCCUGAUGCUUUCAUCCAGCUGGCCUUGCAGCUGGCAUACUACAGGAUGUACGGCCGCGCCUGUGCCACGUACGAGAGCGCGUCACUGAGGAUGUUCCGCCUGGGCCGCACCGACACCAUCCGCUCCACCUCCGUGGACUCCCUCAAGUUUGUGCAGUCCAUGGACAGCCCUGACAAAUCGGACCAGGAGAAAGCAGACUUGCUGAGGAGAGCCACGCAGGCCCACAGGGAAUACACAGACAUGGCCAUACGGGGCAACGCAAUAGACCGGCACCUCUUGGGGCUGAAGCUGCAGGCCAUCGAGGACCUGGUCAGCAUGCCCGAGCUCUUCAUGGACACAGCCUAUGCUGUUGCAAUGCACUUCAACCUCUCAACCAGCCAGGUCCCAGCCAAGACAGACUGUGUGAUGUGUUUUGGUCCCGUGGUUCCAGAUGGCUAUGGAGUGUGUUACAACCCCAUGGAGGAGCACAUCAACUUUGCAAUUUCAGCCUUCAACAGCUGUGCUGACACAAACGCAGCCCGCAUGGCACAUUACCUUGAGAAAGCACUGCUAGACAUGAGGGUCUUGCUCCAGGCUGCUCCCAAAUCCAAACUGUAACAGGGAAACCCCCCAGUUAAAUGGGCUAUCCCUGAUGCACUGAAGCUCCCAGUUCCUCAGAAAAUUAUUCAGAGAACAGCUUGCCCUGGAACCUGAGAAGAUCUCUACCAUUUGUUUUCAGCAAGGUGUUACAGAAUAGUCACCCACAG